AUGCUUUCUACACCACCAAUGUCCAUUACUAACGGAGACAUGGAUUUAAUCAAGAAAAGAUUAUCCGAUAUUGAAAGAAUAGAAAGUCAAAAUUACAAAACCAAGCAACAAAAUAAAUUUGCCAGAGAUGGUCUUAAACAAUUUUCAAAUUUUGAUACAGAUAAUAUUUUAAAAGAGAGUAAGUUAAAACAACCAAGAAAAAGACGUUUUAAAAAACGGACACGACCUGCGGAGAAUAAUUUAGUUGUUAAUCUAUCGUCAACAGAAUUAACCAACUCCGAAGAAAAAUUAUUAAGUAGAGGUCUUAACUUCUGUCCUAUACCAGCAAACAUUAACAACCUACAACUGGAGACAGAUGUGGAUCAAUUUGCUAGACGCCUUCGCCUAAAAGAACAUUUUAAUAGGCAACACAAAAAAAACUUACAAGAAGCCGGAAUGAAUGAUUCGGAAUAUGAGAGUGAUAAAGAGGACAAGUGCAUCCCAAGAUUUAAAAAGAAAAGCGAAUGGAAUCCACCAAGGAGUAAGAACGACAAUUUAGAAUCCUUUAUUUCAUCAAUUAAAACUGAAGUAAAAUCAUCAGUCAGUGGCAAACAUUUAAGGAAUCUCUCUGAACAAGAAAGCCAGGCCAUAAAUAAUUUAAAAAGCCGUGAUGAUAUUGUUAUUAAACAAGCAGACAAAGGAAGUGCAGUUGUAGUGAUCAACAAAACCGACUACAUUGAAGAAGGGAAUCGUCAGCUUUCAAAUACAAAAUUUUACAAACAUUUAGAAAGUGAUCCUACAAAAGAAAUAAGUAAACAAAUUAAUGAGGUCCUUUCAGACAUGAACAGCAAAAAACAUAUUGAUGAUGACACGUACGACUAUCUACGACCUGAUGAAACCUGCACAGCCGGUCGAUUUUACUUGCUCCCAAAACUCCAUAAAGAAGGGACUCCGGGAAGACCGAUAGUAUCUGCAAAUGACCAUCCAACCGAAAAAAUAUCUGAAUUCGUGGAUUACCAUCUCAGACCACAUGUUAGAACAAUGCCAUCUUACAUUCAAGAUACUACAGAUUAUUUGAAGAAAAUGGAUUCAUUAAACCCCUUACCAAACAACACAAUUUUGGUAUCGAUGGAUGUGUCUUCUUUGUACACAAAUAUUCCCAAAAAUGAAGGAAUAGUCGCUUGUGAACAGGUAUGGAACAAUCGUAAGGAUAAACAUCCCCCAACAGACUGUCUGGUUCAGUUGCUGAGACUAGUGCUUGAAAACAACAAUUUUGUAUUCAACGACCAGCACUACUUGCAGGUUGACGGUACCAGAUUAGAAAUGUUAAAAGAAUAA